AUGUCAGACCUUAAAGCUACUGUCGCCGAGACUAAGAACGGCUUCCACGUCGAGGGUUAUGAGAAGAUCGAAUAUGACUUCACCUUCAUGGAUGGCGUCUUCAACCCCGCCAACCCUCAGCUUGCCAACUGCUACGAGCGAUGGGGCCGCUGCCUUGCCAUUAUGGACCUGAACAUUUACAAUGUCUAUGGCAAGGACAUGCAGGCAUACUUUGACCACUACAACAUGCCCUUGACCAUCCACAAGACCAUGAUUGGCGAGAAGGCCAAGUCGAUUGAGACCUUCUUGAGCAUCGUCGACUCUAUGACCGACUUUGGUAUCAUCCGCAAGGAGCCCGUCCUUGUUGUUGGUGGUGGUCUGGUGACCGAUGUUGCUGGAUUCUCGUGCGCAGCAUACCGCAGGAAUACCAACUUCAUCCGUAUCCCCACCACAGUCAUUGGUCUCAUCGACGCCAGUGUCAGUAUUAAGGUUGCCGUCAACUACGGCAACUACAAGAACAGGCUCGGUGCAUACCACGCCCCAAUCCACACCUUCUUGGACUUCUCGUUCUUGAAGACCCUGCCUGAGGCACAAGUCCGAAACGGCUUUGCUGAGUUGAUCAAGAUCUCGACAUGUGCUCACAAGCCUACAUUCGAUCUUCUUGACAAGUACUGCGAGAAGCUGAUCACUUCUCGCUUUGGUCGCGAGGGUGAUGAUCAGGAGGUCCGUCAGGCUGCUGACACCAUCAACCGUGCUGGAAUCCAUGAGAUGUUGAAGCUGGAGACACCCAACCUUCAUGAAAUCGGCCUUGACCGUGUCAUUGCCUACGGCCACACAUGGAGUCCUCUUCACGAGCUCUCCCCCCCUACUCCCCUUCGUCACGGACACGCCAUCUCCAUCGACAUGGCUUACUCAGCGACCUUGGCCAACCAGCGUGGUCUUCUCUCGGAUGAGGAGCACCGCAGGCUGCUAAACCUUUUCAGCCGUGCCGGUCUGUCCAUGGACCACGAGCUAUUCGAUGAGGACAUGCUCGACAAGGCUACACAGGCCAUCCUCAAGACCCGUGACGGUCUUCUUCGCGCUGCUGUUCCUAACCCCAUUGGUACCUGUGUCUUCUUGAACGACGUCUCCGCCGAGGAGAUGAACAAGGCUCUGCGAAAGCACAAGGAACUAAUGAAGGAGUACCCCCGCAACGGAGAGGGUCUUGAGGCCUAUGUCGAUGCUUCCGACACAGGGUACACACAGAACGAUGUACCCAUCGAGGAUGCAUUGCAGAAGAACCAGGUUGCCGAGAAGCUAAGCAAUGGUAAGGCUGACGGGCUGCCUAACGGCAAGCAGCAGGCCAACAACGGCAUUCCUGCCGGUCUGCAGGGUAUUGCCAACGGCUACUCCAAUGGUUACAAGAACUAA